GAAAGAAAAUUUACCCUCGCUUUGUCCCUACAGGAUAAUGACUACCUGAUAGUGAUUCCUUAUGCUCACAUCUUUGGCCUCAUGCUGCAAGCUCUAAAGCUGCCCCCUGCAACUUACCAGCACAAAAUAUACCCAGGCGGAAAGAAUCGUGUGACAGUGACUUUCAUUUCUACUUUGGAAUUGCUAGAUGGUUCACUUGUCCCGAGUUCUAUACCAGGUGCAAUCUUAGAUAGCUAUGAAGAUGCAGAAGACAGUGCUGCUAUGGAGGCUAUUAGAUUCAUGGAGAAUGCAUAUGGCAAAGAAAUGAGAGGCUACCACUACACCCAUGUCAAGAGGCUAGAAAAUCAAGUGACGCACCUGGUCAAAUGGUUGACUUCAUCGAAUGAGACAAUCAAGAAGCUGCGCAAAACAUGCUACUACGCUGUCAGGUACAUGAACUCAUAUUCUUCCCAGAUAGAAAACACAACAGCUGCUCGCCACCUGAAAGGUCAGGACAACACCAAAGGAGUUAUGAAAACAUCUCUUGCAAGCAUCGAAGGACUGACGCAAAGGCUACGCUACAUUGCUAUGAAGUUUGAGAAGCGCCUUGAAGCAACCAGCAACAGUUUCUGGUAAACUUUGCUGAAUGUAUCCUGGAUAGCGUGCUUCAUCGGUUACCGCAACAACCACCUUUUGUUUCAUAUCUAUCAGACCGGCAUCUUUCCCAUUUUGGACUACUCCCAGCAAGAUAUGUAUAGACUUUAGUCCUCCCUUGCUGCCUCUAUGGUGAAAAGUAGUCUAUGAUGUAGUUUACGAUCUUUAGAUUUUAUUGUUGUCUGUAUAGUCAAGAGCGGUUUACCAUCGCUUAUUGUAUAUAUGUGAAGGUCUCCUCUUCUACUGUUGUUUCACAACACUAUGACCGAAGAAAACAACCUUUCCUUUUA